GAGCCCAAAACCCAACGGUCCAGAAAGUGAGGACGACGACCCAAAAAUAGCCUCCUGCGCAAUUCCUUCUGCCAUUCCUCGGCGCCUUCCAUCUGUUCGAUCCGUUUAUAGAGAGGGAGAGAGAGAGAGAGAGGGGUCCUCGUCAUUUUUCACGAGCGUUUCUCUCUUUCUGAGUUCCAUUUGCAGACCUCCUAAAAAAGGAGCGGUUUUUUUCUUCUUCCUUCUUUUAUUUUGGGUGUCCUGCUGCUUGCGGAACUUGUUUUGACCGCCUUUCGAGUUCUUCACCCAAGCCUCUCACCGAAUUCCAGGUUCUUGGAAUUUUCGCCGUCCUCUACACCACCGUAUUGAGAAAGGCAGCUUUUUCUGGUCUUCGAAAAUGUUUGGAUUUCGUAAAUCACCAGCAAAUAAUCUUUCCAAGCAAAACUCUGUGGACACAGGAGCAAAUCCUUUUGAUUCUGAUACCGAAUCUGACACCAAAUCGACCAUCAAACCUUCGAGGCGAGCAAACUCAGAACCCACGCUAAUUGUGCCGGAUCUUGGCAGCAAUCCUUUCAAUGAUGGUAAUAAGGGACGAAGAGGGGCUUCCUCCUCCGCAUCCUCUAAAUCCGGUUCAUCAGCAGCACGUGAUAACUAUAAGAAUGACUUCCGUGAAUCGGGAGGGCUAGAGAAUCAGAGCGUGCAAGAAUUGGAGAACUAUGCCGUGUACAAGGCGGAGGAGACCACAAGUACUGUCAACAACUGCCUUAAGAUUGCUGAGGAUAUAAGAGGGGAUGCCACGAGGACCCUCGACAUGUUGCAUAAACAGGGCGAGCAGAUCACAAGGACCCAUGAAAUGGUUGCCACUACAGAGAAGGACUUGAGCAAGGGGGAAAAGAUCUUAGGAAACCUUGGAGGAAUGUUCUCCAUGACUUGGAAGCCGAAGAAGACUCGAGAAAUUUCAGGGCCUGUAGUUACACCAGACAAUUCAUCUAAAAAGAGUGACAAGAAACAGAGAGAGCAGUUGGGCUUGGCUCCUGUGCCGAAAGGAAAAGGGACCAGUCAUACGCCUCCACCUGAACCAACAAAUGCAUUGCAGAAAGUCGAGGUUGAGAAGGCAAAGCAAGAUGAUGCUUUAUCGGAUCUUAGCAAUAUCUUAGGUGACCUGAAGAAUAUGGCUGUUGACAUGGGAGGCGAACUUGACAGGCAAAACAAAGCUCUCGACCAUCUUAGUGACGAUGUGGAUGAGCUGAACUCUCGGGUGAAAGGCGCCAAUCAACGUACUCGUCGUCUGCUUGGCAAAUGAAAAGAGAGCAAGAGCAGGCUUCUUUAUCGGGCAAUCCCCUCUGAUUUGCCUUCCUAUAGCUGUUAUAGUGUGUUCUCCCUCUUUCUUUUACGAAACCAAAAACGAAGAAUAUUGUUUCGUAGCUUGUACCGCAUCAGCAAAUGAAAUAAACUAAUCUUUCUGCAAA